AUGGAGAAGCUCAAGGUGGCCAAAGUAGAAGAUGUGCUUUUACAGCGAGGCCAGAAAUGCACUUCAGGUACACUUCAUCUCACCCAACAUCAUCUCAUUUUCGUCAAAGCGACCACCAGCAGCUCUAAAUCACAAGAAGAAUGGAUUCCUUAUUCUAUGAUAUGGCUUGCUAGUCGACUACCUUCAGUAAUUCCAUUGGAUCAAUCUGGCAAACCAAACAGGGCAGCGGGAAAGCGAAUCUUCCCAAUCGCUUUACAUCUGAGAAACUUCGAAUUGAUCACAAUCGGAUUCGACGCAGAUGGAAAAGCCACAGAUGUUUUCGAUAGCAUGAAAGCAGUCAUUGUUGCAGAUGCACCCCACAGCUUAUAUGCAUUCUACCACACACCUAGUCCUCCUCUCAAAUCUGCCCCAGCGGGAUGGAGAGUGUAUGACUUUAAGGCCGAAUUUGCUCGACAGGGAAUCGCAACUCGGACAAAAGCAUGGAGAUUCUGUGAUGUGAAUGCGGGUUAUGGCUUCUGCUAUACUUACCCGGCGAUGAUGUGCGUUCCAUCGCGGAUAUCGGAUUCGACUAUUCGAUAUGCGUCCAAAUUCCGUUCGAAAGAGCGCAUUCCCGCAUUGACAUAUCUUCAUCGUGGUAGCUUGGCUUCAAUCACUCGAAGCUCCCAGCCAAUGGUUGGACUGAACAACCGAAGCAUGCAAGACGAAAAAUUGAUCGAAGCGAUCUUUUCCAGUCAUCUUUUCGCGGAUCCCUUGAAACGUGGGAAAGCAAUGGCAAUAUAUGGUGCAACUACGACAAAUUUGAUCAUUGAUGCACGGCCUACCACAAAUGCAAUGGCAAAUCGAGCAAAAGGUGCGGGAACGGAAAAUAUGGAUAAUUAUAGGGGUUGCAAAAAGGUAUAUCUAGGAAUUGACAAUAUUCACGUCAUGCGAGAUAGUCUUCAACGGGUAACGGAAGCGCUCAGAGCUGCUCAGGCACCGGCAACAUUCGGCAUGCAAGCCAGGAGAUCAUCAGUUUUGACAGCCAAAGAUUCUCCGCCACUUGAUCAUUUGGCUUUGAAACGGUCAGCAUGGCUUAAGCAUAUCUCUGCUUUGAUGGAAGGAACGCUGAUCAUUACACGCAAUGUACAUAUCAACAACUCACACGUUCUGAUUCAUUGUUCAGAUGGAUGGGAUCGUACCUCGCAAUUGGCAGCGCUGGCACAAGUCUGUUUGGAUCCAUACUUCAGAACGAUGAAAGGCUUUGCGGUAUUGAUAGAGAAGGACUGGGUCAGUUUUGGACAUCGAUUCUGGGAUCGAUGUGGACACGCAAGCUCGGAGAAAUAUUUCACCUUAGCGGAGGCAGCAGCCAACGCCUUUUGGGGCUUCACCAAGCAGCUUCGCGCUAAUUUUCAAGGUGGUGGUGAUGGAAAUAGCAAACGUGGUGCUCAUCUUAAGGAAAUCUCUCCUGUCUUCCAUCAAUUCUUGGACUGUGUUUGGCAGAUAAUGCGUCAAUAUCCAAAACGGUUCGAGUUCAAUGAACAGUGGCUGUUGGACUUGUAUGAUAACGUAUUUCGAUGCCAGUAUGGCAAUUUCCUCUUCAAUUGCGAAAGUGAACGGAAUGGAUAUAGUGACGGACAAAGCAGUUCGGCUCCAGCAAGUAGUCGAACGUAUAGCGUUUGGGAUGAAAUGUUGGAUGAGGAGAAUAAGCCGAAGUAUCUUAAUAGUCGCUUCGAACCUGCUUUGGACGAUGAAGUUGCUGAUCGCUCUCAGGCCGAUCUGGGUGUAUUACUACCCAAUUCCAAGGACGUUGGAUUCUGGGGUGGACUUUUUCGAAGAGAUUCGAAAGAUAUCAAC